UUUAACAUUUUUAUAAAAUGAUGCAGAAGGCAUGAAAUAGGCUUUUAUUUUUCUUUUUCUUGUGAUCUUGAUGCUUCCGCAAAUCAAGAAAUGAAGACAGAUUUCAGUGUCGAUGUGCGCAAGACACAGACAAAAGCAAAUCAAUUGAUAAUUUAUUUGUAGUUUUUUUGUUUAGUGGAAGAUGGCAUCCUUGUGGUAUUCUCUUGUCCCACAGGCUACAAGAAUUCUGAUUCUCUUUACCACUUUGAUGAGAUCAAUAAAAGUUGUAUAGUCUUUGCGUUUAAGCUCGAAUUUUGUCUUCAGCUGCUCAGUUCUUGUGCGGGCUUCUCUGUAUAUGGGAUUGAAGAAAUAAUGGAUGGUGAUGGAGAGAUCGAGGUUUCGGAGCAUGUACUAGGCCCAAAUUCAGAUUCUUCUAGUAGUUUCCAAGCAUCGCUCUCAUCCGAUCCGUUUCUUGAUGAUUUGUUGAGAAAUUACGAAACCUGCAACCACACUCACACUUGCAAUCCUCCCGGCCCGGAUGCUAAACAUACUCACACAUGUUACCACACACACACUCGUGUCAUCCCCUCCGAGGAGGAUGAGAAGAUCCCAAUUUCUCGGCAAAGGAGGCAUUUGGGGAAUCGGGAGGCUGUGAGGAAGUAUAGGGAGAAGAAGAAGGCACAAGCCGCUCAUUUGGAGGAAGAAGCAAAGAAGUUGAGGCUCAUGAACCAGGUUUUGAUGGAGAAGUUGGAGAAGCGAGCCUUUCUUGAGGCGGAAAUCUUGAGGCUUAGAACUCUUUUGCUUGGCAUACAAGGGAAAGUAGACGACGAGUUGAGCAAGUUCCCCUUUCCGGAUCAGUGCAACUCAAUGAAUAGUUCCGCGGGGACAGAAUGUGUGAAUAACUUAGGUUGCAGCUUGGCUGGUGCCAUGAUUCAAUGUGAGGCUAACAUUGAGCUAUCUUGAUAAUGGUCACUUCAAGUGGGUGAGUAAAGGUACAUUACAAUGUGGUCAUGCUUAAGAGCUUAUAGGUAGAGACUAGAGUGUGCAGAGUUGUUUUUGGUUUUGAGUAAACAGAUUGCUUAUAAACGUUAGUUUGAACUUUUGAUACAACCCUUGUAUUGCUGAGGAAAUUAUGUACAACAAACUUUUGUUCCAAGUGUUAACUUUUUAAAAAAUGUUGUAGAUGUA